UUUGCCUGUGGUGGAGUAGCCCAGUAUUGAACUCAUUCACAGCCAUGGCCAUGCUCAGAGUGUCCUCUUAUCGAAAGCUGUUUGAGGAAGACCACUGGGGUCGCAAUGGGGGAUCCAGUCUGCAGUGUGCCGGGCAGUACCGGGCCUCUAGCAGGAGUGCAGCCGCUGACGAGUGUGACUGUGACAAGUUAGACUUUGUAGCUGCCAGGACUCUCAACAAGGAUGGUCUGAGCCGGUUUGUCCAAGACCGCACCAUCAUUGCUGCCCUGAAUGACCGCCUAGUCAGGCUUAUUGAACUGGCUAAUUGCUUUGAAGAGGAAAAUGAAUCUCUUGAAUGUCAGAUUUUGGACCUUCAGGACAGGCUGAACCAUCAGAAGACCUCCAUUGUUGCAACCACUGGGGAUGUACCUGACUAUAGUCUGGAUGCAGUGGUAAAAAGACUCUGCAAAGAGAGGGAUGAGAUUUUGUGUGACUCAGAGGAGCUGCAGAAAGAGCUUGAACGUCUGAAGAAGGAGUAUGAAAAAGCUGCACAUCACAGGACAUUUGUCGAACAGGAGCGCCGAUAUGUUGCAGAGGAUGUUGAUGCUGUGACAGCAGAGUGUUUGGCGCUGAGGGAGCAAGUGGCUAUCUACGAGGAGCAGCUGGCCAACAUGGAGGGCCAGCACAAGAUGGCAGUUCAGACUCUGCUGGAGCCAGCUGAAGUGACUACAGGAGCAGUGACAGCAAUUAAAUUUGGCAGCCCUGACAUCACUCCGGCCUUGGAUGUAAAGGAGUACUACUGCCAGCUGGCUGAGAGCCUCCAGUAUGAGUGUGGUGCAUCGUCUGCUGCUGUGGUUCGCAGAGGUGAUGGAAAGCAACUGGAAGUGGGAGGAGCUGUGGGGUCAAUGGUCAAAGGCCUGCCGCAGAUAAAGGAUAUCAGUGAAAUGAAGAUGCUGAUUUCAGAGCUAAAUAAGGAGCUUGCUGAGCUGGAAAAAUGCAACGAGGAGCUGGAAGACGAGGUCGAAAUGAAAAAGGCAGCAUACCUGGAGGAGAUUGCUGAGCUGGAGUGUACUAUAGAUGAAAUGAGACACCAGGAGGCUGAUCUGCAUGCACAGAUGAAGGAGCAGUGUGAAGACUACAAGGAACUGCUCAAUGAGAAGAUGGCCAGAGACAUGGAGAUCGUUGCCUACAGGAGCCUGGUGGAGGAAGGGGAGGAGAGGCUGUGCGUCCUGUGACUCGAGACUGAAGAGCUGUUUGGUGUAAGGCUUCAUGCUCCCCCACACAUGGAUUAGAAAAAUGACAGAGAAAUGCAAAAUAAAAAGAAACCACAGCCCAAAUAAGCAUUAGGAUGAAGCUUAAGGUACCGGAGCAACAAUUUGAGCAGAUGUAAACUUAUCAUGACAGAUUAAUGUGUCUAGAGGCCUAAGCUGUGCCAUUGAUAACAGGCCGUUGGCAGAUGACCCCUAAACUACAAGAAGGAUGGAGUUGUCUAAAACUGGUGGGCGGACGGGGGCCGUGCGAUGAGUGCAUAUCCAUUCAGUGUCUGGCAGUGAUAUUUCCUUAAGUGGCUUUUAUCUGUACCAGCUCACUGAUAGGAUUCAUAACCGUUUUGUCCAGUUUUUGUUGAACACUGAAGUCGUCCACUGAAACACACAACACAGAUAGUGACAGAACCACACUGAGCGGCUCCAUGGAGUCAUUCUCCUCUGAUACCACCUCGUCCAUCACUCAAACAAGGCCUGAUUACCGCUCUUAACCCCUGCCCUCUUCAGUGUUAGCCAACAUAUUGACAGCUCACUCUUUCCAGUAACGUGACGGCAUUUCCCCAUUUUUUUGCUUUUAUAGCCAUGUUUAGUUUGCAGUUGGUUCAUGAUUAGUUUUUUUCUGACGCUCUUACAAAAUGUGCACCUGGGUGUGUGUUUUGUUUUGGUUUUUUUUGUUCUAAGUAAAGCCUAUGCGAUUCAUCAUUGCUUCUUUGAAAGUAAUGUCUCAAUUUGCUGUCAUUUCAAAAGUAAGCAUUUGGUAAUACAUUCCAUGGUAAUGUUUUCCUCAUUUUCUACAUGACUUUAAAGCACGUCUGUGAUAAAUCAUUUUUGGUUCCCGCUUCAAACGGCAAAGCUCUGUGAUUUAAAUUAAAUAAAAGUAGUUGCUUGACA